AUGGCGACGAAGACGACGAUUUGGCGGCCGAACGUGAGAGUGUCCCUCGACGAGUAUGGCGAAGUCGAGGACACGGAGAGUGGGGGAGAGGAGGUGGCGAAGCAGGGGACGAAGCGGAAGAGAGCCCCUCCCACGAAGGGGCCAUGCGAGCACGGGGUGAAGCCUCGGUCGCGAUGCAAGGUGUGCAGCGCUUGUCCGCACGGGAAGUGGCGCAAACAGUGCAAGGAGUGCGGUGGUGCAUCAAUCUGUGAGCACGGUCGUAUACGCUCUGUGUGUAAGGAGUGCGGUGGUGCAUCAAUCUGCGAGCACGGCCGUCAGCGCUCUCAGUGCAAAGAGUGCGGCGGGUCUGAAAUCUGCGAGCACGGUCGUCACCGCUCUAAGUGCAAGGAGUGCGGCGGGUCUCAAAUCUGCGAGCACGGCCGUCAGCGCCACAGGUGCAAGGAGUGCGGUGGGAGCUCAAUCUGCGAGCACGGUCGUCACCGCCCUCAGUGCAAGGAGUGCGGCGGGGCAUCAAUCUGCGAGCACGGUCGUCACCGCUACAGCUGCAAGGAGUGCGGCGGGGCAUCAAUCUGCGAGCACGGUCGUCACCGCUCUAAGUGCAAGGAGUGCGGCGGGUCUCAAAUCUGCGAGCACGGCCGUCAGCGCUCUCGGUGCAAGGAGUGCGGUGGGGGCUCAAUCUGCGAGCACGGUCGUGAGCGCUCUCUGUGCAAGGAGUGCGGUGGGUCUCAAAUCUGCGAGCACGGUCGUAGGCGCUCUCGGUGCAAGGAGUGCGGUGGGGGCUCAAUCUGCGAGCACGGUCGUAUACGCUCUCAGUGCAAGGAGUGCGGCGGGGCAUCAAUAUGCGAGCACGGCCGUCAGCGCUCUCAGUGCAAGGAGUGCGGCGGGUCUCAAAUCUGCGAGCACGGCCGUCGGCGCUCUCAGUGCAAGGAGUGCGGUGGGGGCUCAAUCUGCGAGCACGGUCGUAUACGCUCUCAGUGCAAGGACUGUCGAUGCGAACGGCUGUAA